AUGGGCCGCAGAAAGACCAGAUCGAGGCAAAAGAAGCAGCCGGUGUGGGAAUUGGACGAUGAACACCGUAUGCUUGGUUGCCUGGACUGCCAUAUCGAGAGCGGCACGACCGAUCGUGCUGAAUUGGAAGAAACGAUCCGUCAAUAUCUGGAGGAUGUUAAGAAGAAGAAAUUCAGCCUCGCACAAAUCGAUGCCAGACUCCAGCAGCUGCAAGACAUUGCAUCGUCGCGCCAGAAACGGCGACAGAGCAUCUUCGCCAAGGGCAGCCAGGUGCUCAAAAACAUCUCCCCAUGGGACACCAAGACAAUCAGGGAAUACAAAGAAGGCGUGAGAGAUCAUGUCAUCGCCACGAUCAUCCACUCGGAGGGUCGGAAUCUUCGUGACACGCCUCAGCGCAUGCAGAGGGAGCAUUCCAAAGCAUCGACUCCUGCCAUGCCAACACCCAACAAGCGCAAAUACGGCUCUACUGCCCAGCAACCAACCGAGAGGGGCGAGAGACAUAGAAAGAGGUUAGGAAGAUCUCGUGCGGCAGGAUUACAGCCCGGAGCGCUCAAAGAGGAGCCAAGCUCGACUCGCAAGAUUUCCCUCAUCCCCAGUCAUGACCAAACGGUACCUGAUAGCGAUGAUGGUACCAGCAGCGAUGAUCAACGCCUGCUUUCCGGUGUUACUGUUGAGGUUGUGCAGGUGCCGAGUUGUCAAAGUGUAGCGGACGCAGGGGGGCUUGCAAAGACGACAAUGGAGGAAGCGCCGGAGUUACUACAAAAGGAUCACGAAGCUCUCCAACCGCGGCUUCAGGCCAAGUUGCACGAGGUCAGCAUCAUGCAUGUUCGCACCGCCCAAGAGCUUCAAGCUGUUCGAGCCCAGUACGAAGAGGCGGCUGAAACUGUGAUUUCCUUAAAAAGGGCGCUAUCAGAGGCGGACCAACGCAGAGGAAACGAAGUUACGAAGGCACUUGCGUACCAAGAGAAACAGAUUGCGUCGCUGGAGAACAUAGUUAAGAAGAUGCGGAAUAGCGCGUUCUUUGCCGGUUUAACAAUUCACACGCCUUUCGGCCCCAGUGAGGCCGACAUUCGAAACAGUAUGACAAAAAUUCGCAUCGGGAGCAGAAAGCUCAUCACACCGUUACAAGAUCGCACCCUUCUGCUUCUCACACUCAACAAGAUUGACGAGUAUCUUCUGUCUCUCUUACAUCGGAGUUCGGGCUUGUGGCUGGAUCAUGGCGUUCGUCUUAAAUCCUUUCUGACGGACCUGAACCAGCUGGGGAUGGAGGUUGCCCUCUGCGCACUCACAACGGCAGCAUUGUGUGAAUGGGUUUUUGCCGAUAAUUUUGAAUCAGAUGCUACGGGGCCGUCCUUGCUGCUGGAUAUGUAUCAACACCAUAUCUCUAUGGCAGAUGGGAGACUUGCCCUACGAAACCUCGACCUGGCGGCUCGUUCUUCGUUCUUCCAGAGCGAGGACUACCGCCAGAUACAAAUCCCUUGCCGUGCAGAAGCAUUGGCUCGCAGGUUCGUUGACGCAGUUGCGCCCUUGUUCACAGCUUCAGACACGCCGCCGUUGGGAACCCCUAGUCUCGAUAGCGAAAACGGGCAGGAACUUCAUGAUGAGUUGGUAGACAUAUUCAUAGCUGCACUGGGUUUGAAAGCCACCCUCGUGGCCAGUUCUGACCGAUUUAUUAUCUUACUGCCCCGUCCAGGGUCAAAGUUUGACCCUGCUUGGAUGCAGGCAGAGAGCAAGGAAGGGCUUCAAAUGCCCAAAGUCACUCAGGAGCGUUCGCACGCCCGAGUUUGCACUCUUCCUGGUAUAUUGGCUUACAAUGAGAGCGACGCUGAACCACGGGAUUACCGCCUUCAGCUAAGCGACUCGCCGGAAAAUAGAUCCAAUAUGCACAUUCUACACAAAGCUGUUGUUCUGAGCCUUCCAGAUUUGGCUACUUCGGAAGACUUAUAA